UUUGGAUCUUUGUUUAUUUUUCUUAUAAUAAGAAAAAGAAAAAUGAUGUGAACACAGGCCGGAAUCCAUCCGACUUUUGAAAAUCUGUCUUUAGGCCUUUUCAGUUGUUUUAGUGGUUUUCACGCGCUUCCUCUCUUUCUCUUACAAUGUACCGUCCCGUUUUGCUAAAGACAAGCCUCGCAUUCAUCUCCAUUGCUGUUGCGGAGCUUCUUCAUCGUUGACUGUUUCCUUAUUGGUUUUCUGACAAAGUUGUUAACUUUUUUUUUUUUUUUUUUCCUUUUGAAGUUUUGAUUUCUUUCGGAUUCGAAAUCAGAGCGAUAGCUGAUGAAAUAUAGGGUUUAUGGCUGAGACUAGAGUAUAUGUUCCCAAUCAACCAUUAGACCUUGACAGGAUACUGAUGGAAGCACGGCACCGUUGGCUUCGGCCAAGUGAAAUUUGUGAAGUACUCCGCAACCAUCAUAGAUUUUACUUAAAGCCAAAUCCGCCUGUUAGGCCUCGAGCUGGUUCUUUGUUCUUGUUUGAUCGAAAAGCCAUUCGCUAUUUUCGUAAAGAUGGUUACCGGUGGAGGAAGAAGAAAGAUGGAAAAACUGUCAAAGAAGCUCAUGAAAAGUUGAAGGCCAACAGUGUGGAUGUUCUCCAUUGUUACUAUGCCCAUGGCGAGGAUAAUGAAAGCUUUCAGCGACGUAGUUAUUGGAUGCUUGAUGCGCACUUAGAGCACAUUGUUCUUGUACAUUACAGAGAAGUAAAAGAGGGGUACCAGCCAGGCAUCUCCCGCUUAGUAAUAGAUCCCGGAUCACAGGCUGGAAGCUCUCAAAGUAGUCCUGUACCAUACUCUGCACAGGAAAACUUUCCUUCCACUACAGUUCAGACGUCUGAUACAUCAGGUCCGAACAGAGUUGACAGAAAUGGGCUAAUGUUCUCAUCAGAUUUUGAGGAUGUGGAUUCUGGGAAUGAUCCCCGAUCAUCUUCUCUCACUCAACAUAUUUUUGGUUCUAUUUUGCAUAACACUUCUUUCCUUGAACAUAAAGUUACAGGAUUUCCAGAGUUAUCGAUCAAUCCCCCUGGUUUAUGGUUGGCUGGACCUAAAUAUUGUGAAACUUCUGGAUUAUCUAACUGGGCUGAAGUUAACAGCUUGAGCAACGAAGACGGUGCAUCUGACCAGAAAUUAUUUAUUGAGCAUCGUGCUGAAGCUGACUUUAUAACUGAUAAGUUAACAGAUGCUAGGUUGGAUGCUGAUAGCGUAGUCCAAGAUGGUGUAACUCGUGGAGAUAUUGAUGACAAAGGCAACCAGACAUGUAUGGCAGCUUCUCUGGAAGUAGUACAGGUGAAUGUUUCCCAUUAUCAAAGUUCCCCAAGUGAGAUCCGCGCCUUGUUGCAGGUUCCAGACGAGUCUGGUUUCAAUUUAGUUCAUCCGCAGUUUCACAGUUAUUCAGAUCCUCGUGUGGAAGUAACUUCAACCGUUCAUGCUGAAGAGAAAGGAGGAGAUGGCGUAAAUAAUGAAGCUGGAGAGCUGAAGAAACUUGACAGCUUUGGAAGAUGGAUGGAUAAAGAAAUUGGUCGAGAUUGUGAUAAUUCCUUGAUGGCUUCAGACUCUAGCAACUAUUGGAAUACCCUUGAUGCCGAAAAUGACAAGAAGGAAGUAUCCAGUUUAUCUCGCCAUAUGCAUCUGGAUACUGAUCUACUGGGCCCUUAUCUUUGCCAAGAACAGCUAUUUACUAUCCAUGAGUUUUUACCAGAUUGGGCUUAUUCUGAGGAUACAACAGAGUUUUCACCAAAGGAUUCAACAAAGGUUUUAAUUGUCGGUACAUUUUUGGUACACAAGGAACUAUCUAGCAAGAUUAAGUGGGGAUGUAUGUUUGGUGAAAUUGAGGUUUCUGCUGAAGUUCUGACUGAUACUGUCAUCAGAUGUCAAACUCCUCCGCAUGCUCCUGGGUGUGUCCCAUUCUAUGUCACCUGCAGUAAUAGGUUAGCCUGCAGUGAGGUGAGGGAGUUUGAAUAUCGUGAAAAACCAUCUGGAACUGUGUUUCCGUUGGCUGUAAAAUGUGUGCCUAAAGAUGAAGUGUGUUUUCAGUUGCGUCUGGUGAAACUUUUAAAUCUAGGUCGGGUGAGGAAUAGGUUUGAUUGCUCAACUCAGGAUUGUGAUAAAUGUAAGCUUAAGAGUACUAUAUACUCAAUGAGAAGUGAGAGUGGAAAUGAUAUGGGAAGGGUUGAAGAGAUUUCUUUGACCUUCAAUAGCAAUCACAUGAACCCUAGAGAGGAAUUGAUUCAAUGUCUGUUGAAGGAUAGACUUAAUGAGUGGCUUAUCUGUAAAAUUCAUGAAGAAGGUAAAGGACCACAUGUGUUGGACGGUGAAGGCCAAGGAGUUGUACAUUUGGCAGCUGCUCUUGGUUAUGAGUGGGCCAUGGGCCCCAUAGUUGCCGCCGGUGUCAGUCCCAAUUUCAGAGAUGUGCAUGGAAGAACCGGGCUUCACUGGGCAUCAUAUUUUGGGAGAGAGGAAACGGUUAUUGCACUACUUAGAUUGGGUGCUGCUCCCGGUGCUGUUGAGGACCCAACACCAGCAUGUCCGGGAGGAAAAACAGCUGCUGAUCUAGCAUCAAGCAGAGGGCAUAAAGGGAUAGCUGGAUAUCUGGCAGAAGCAGAUUUAAUCCGUCACCUUUCUGUUCUGACUGUCAAUGAAAACGUAAUGGACAGCGUUGCUGCAAGUAUUGCUGCUGAAAAGGCUAUUGAGAAUGCCACACAAGUUGUCCCGUCAGAUGUGGCAAUAAAUGAGAACCUUUCCCUGAAAGGAUCUCUUGCUGCCGUUAGGAAAUCAGCUCAUGCUGCCGCACUAAUACAAGCUGCAUUACGGGCUCGUUCAUUCAAUCACAGACAAUUAACAAAGAAAAGCAAUGAUAUUUCUGAAGUUGCACUUGACCUAGUUGCACUAGGCUCCUUGAACAAGGUCCGAAAACAGGGCCACUUCGAGGAAUAUUUGCAUUCUGCAGCUGCCAAGAUACAGCAGAGAUAUUGUGGUUGGAAGGGAAGAAAAGAGUUUUUGAAAAUACGGAGCCGUAUUGUGAAAAUUCAGGCUCAUGUGAGGGGACAUCAAGCUCGGAAGCAGUAUAGAAAGAUUAUUUGGUCUGUUAGUGUUGUUGAAAAGGCAAUACUGCGCUGGAGGCGGAAGCGAACUGGUUUACGGGGAUUUCGAGUGGAAAAAGUUAUGGGAGAUGUGGCAUCAGAGCCUCAGAAAACCGAUGAGUAUGAAUUCUUGAGAAUUAGCAGGAAACAAAAACUCGCCGGAGUUGAAAACGCUCUGGCAAGAGUCAGGUCCAUGGUUCGUUAUCAAGAAGCACGUGAUCAGUAUAUAAGGCUAAUUACAAAGUUUGAGAAUAUAAAGGUGGGUGAUGAAGGGAGCAGUACAAUUCUGCAAGGAGAAAUUUCAAUAAAGAGCAUAACAAAGGAAGAUUUGUCUGCAUGCUCAGAGGAAGUUGCACCUACAGUUGAUCAGUGAUCUACUUGGUGUCAAGUAGUGUGUAAAUUAAACUGUUUGAGCAGCCAGGCAGUUUGUCUCACUGCUCAUGCCUUUUUUUUUUUUUAAACCUGUAAGUAGUGUCUAACAUGUUCUACUCGGGAGGAGAAAGGGGAGUGCAGGGGCGGAAGGUUGUAAAUAUUCACCAUCCCCCCCCCCCCCCCCCCCCCCCCCCCGGUCUCUCGCCAUUCCUUUUUCUCCCCCUUUGAAAGUAGUGGUAGAAUUUUGAGUAAUGGUAGAGGCGCAAUCUAUAUACUACUUUAUAUUAAAAGAAAUGCAUUUUUGUAAAAUAACUUAUAAGAUAAUUAUAGAAAUAUCCUUACUUUAUAGAAAUAUUCUCAAUUUUUUUUUUUUUUUAAGAUAUUGUAAAAUGACUGUAUCUCUAUCAUAUUCCUAAAAGUUUACCUGGAAUAGAGUUUAAGAAGCAGAGGGCUCUUAAUUUGAACAUGGGAGGGAAGCUGCAGUGAAAAUUAGUUGUCGUGUAUGUAAAUUCUUUUGAAGUCAAAAUUGGUAUUGUGCUGAUUUAUACCCAAUAAAUGGCAGACGUCUGUAUAUAAAGCUUUCUUAUGAAAACAAAUUUGAUAUGAUUCUUUGA